AGGAUUCACACAGGAGAGAAGCCAUAUAAAUGUUUGGAAUGUGGAAAGAGCUUCAGAACGAGCAGUCAAGUUACUUCCCAUAAAAGGAUCCAUACAGGAGAGAAACCAUAUAAAUGCAGAGAAUGUGGAAAGACCUUUACUCAUAGCAGUCAACUUACUUCCCAUAAAAGGAUUCACACAGGAGAGAAGCCAUAUAAAUGUUUGGAAUGUGGAAAGAGCUUCAGAACGAGCAGUCAAGUUACUUCCCAUAAAAGGAUCCACACAGGGGAGAAGCCAUAUAAAUGCAGAGAGUGUGGAAAGGUCUUCAGUCGAAGGAGUUCCUUUACUUCCCAUAAAUGGAUCCACGGAGGGGAGACAUAUAAAUGUGGAGAGUGUGGAAAGGGCUUUACUAAUAGCAGUAAUCUUACAUCACAUAAAAGGAUCCACACAGGGGAGAAGCCAUAUAAAUGUGUGGAGUGUGGAAAGAGCUUCAGUCAUAGUGGUUCCCUUACUUCCCAUAACUGGAUCCACACAGGGGAGAAGCCAUAUAAAUGCAUGGAGUGUGGAAAGAGUUUCAGCCAACACAGUAAACUUACUUCCCAUAAAAGAGUCCACACAGGGGAGAAACCAUAUAAAUGCAUGGAGUGUGGAAAGAGCUUCCGUGAAAAUGGGUCCCUUGUGAGACAUAAAAGGAUCCAUGCAGGGGAGAAACCAUAUAAAUGUGCAGAGUGUGCAAAGAGCUUCAGUCGAAGGAGUUCCUUUACUUCCCAUAAAAAGAUCCAUACAGGGGAGAAGCCAUAUAAAUCUGUGCAGUGUGGAAAGAACUUCAGAAGGAGCAAUGACGUAA